GGCAAAGGAAGGAACCUCUGCUGCAAACAAAGAGCUGGCAGCAGUUUGUUUACCUCCUCUGCUCAAGUUUCUUCUCCGACGAGGUGGAUUAUCCAACCACUGCUGCAUCAUUUGAGCCUCCAUUCGUCAAAAAACUCUAGGAUUUAUUCUCCCCCCCCCUUUUGUUUUUAAUUUUAACCUCUACUGUUUUUUGUCUAUCUGGAACUGUGGAUCAUAUUGGAACUCCCAUAAUAUUUGAUUAGGCUAUUUACUUUUUCAACCAACCUGCCAUCGAUUUGUGAACCUUGAAGUGAUGUGUACUCAGUAGAAUGUACAGCGAGGCCAGCAGACCACCAAAUCCGUCCCAUGGCUCGACCGACGUAGCCGCGCCAGCGGGCAGCGGGGGGGAUCCACCACCACCCGCCGGUGCCGCUCCAGCAGCCACAGUACAAACUAUCCGUCCAAAAGAGCACGGCGCCCCGCAGCCGUCCACCGGAGGAGCAGCGCCGGAGUCGCCGUCAUCCCACUCCAGAAUCAGUGGCAGCUUAGGCGUGUUUCAGACCGUAUGUCACUCCACACGUCGCCAGUCGAGCGGAUAUUUCUCCUUCGAGAGCGACUCCCUGCCGAACUCCCCGCUGUCUCCGAGGCCGGGCACGGCUGACAAAGCUGACAAAGCCACGCAGACCCCGAGCCCCGCCGGCCAGGCGGUGCGGGCGGUGCAGCACGCCCUGCAGAGAGGAGCAGCAGCGCAGCCGCAGCACGCCAACCCCUCUGACACGCGGCAGCGAAACGCAGCUGAGGAGAUGCAGGCAGAAGCAGUUGGACGACAGCUCAGGUUGAUGGGUGACGAGUAUAACAGACUUCUAUUGCUCAGGGGAGGGGCAGCUAGACACAGGCAGGAUGUGAUCCCUCUGAACUUCAUGCCACACAACCACCAGGAGCCCGCCAUCGUGCUCUGCGUGAGCCUCCUGCUCCUCCUUAUUGGGCGGAUAGUCUACUUGCAAGGCAACAACCACGACCCUCAGGUUUAGCCUUUGGAAAACCCAGCAGACGUAGCAUUUUUCUUUAAUAUGUUCAUGUGUUUUUACAGGAUGUCCAUUCUUAAGUCCCCUUUUUUGCUUUUGGGAAACUAAUUUUUACAUUUUUCACUCUUUGGACACAUUUUUGUGAGCGACUCUAAAAUGCUUGGAUUUUUUUUCAUUUUUGCACCGCUGUUUUUCCUUCAUGGCUUCUGAUUCUUCGCCUGCCACCAAAGAGGCAAAGUUUUGCACUAAUUUCUAACACAUGGGUGAUCCUUUCACGUUAUAUAAGCCACUGCAAAAUUACGCCUGUGGAAAUUCAAAUGUGCCUUGUACAGUUUCCUGUUUACUUGUUUUUUGGCUUCUUUCAGUGCUUUAAAAAAAAAAAAAAAAAAAUGAAUUGUACAGAUAUGAUGAGCUUCCUCGAGGAUCAACCUCUGAGACCCAGGGUUGUUAAAGUAGAUGGGUCCAAGUUUGCAAAAUGUUCCUCCUUCUUUACCCCACCAGUGCUUCCAGGAUGCAAAUGCACUCUUGAUGUUAAAACCCAGCAUGCAAUAGACACAUGGGCUGUGUGGGAACCCACUGGAUCAAUGUUUCCAUUAUUAUCCAAGAUUUGUCACUGUACUUCCAAACUACUGUUUUAUUGGACAAUUUGUGUCUUAAAAAAGCACGCCUGCCUAUCCAUGCAUCGUACAUUGACGAGAACUGAUCGCACACCAGCAUUUUAGCCUUGAAAUGAAUCGCAUUGUGGUUUUUUGAGCGUUUAAUUAGAACAGGUGAGAUGUCAUGGAAUGAGAUGGGUUUGCCAACCAAAGGUCCAGUUGGACCAGUGAAAUAAUAUUUUGUAAUGUGAGUUAAAUAAUCAGCAUUUCUAUUCCUUGUUUUGGAUGGGACUAAUACCUGUCAUCUGGAUUAUUAUCACUGUCAAGGUACUUAAAAUUAGAUGGGUCAAGUCUGUAUUUUAAAUGAGGAUUACAUCAAAUUUUUUUUAAACCCCUCAAUUGUAGACUUUUGUUUUUCUAGUAAAACUGCCAACUAUACAGUAUGUUUUCAUUCUUGUAUUUCACAGUUGAUCAAAUAAUAAUUUUUUGGCUCAGCCAUAACAGCUAAUGUUACCGUAUCCGAGGUCACCAUUCUUCCAGGCUUCAAUUUGGACCGAUAAAAUGUUGUCUUUGGUUUUAAUACCCAAUAUAGCUACAUGGACUAAAAAAUGGUGCACUAAGGCAUAAAAACACAACUUCUCCGUUUUCCAUGUUGAAUUUAGCAUUAAAACAAAUAUUUUGCACAUUAAAAACCACAAGUUUAAUCAUUACUGUACUCUUUAAUGCAAUAAUGUAAACUCAGUAACUGUUACUAAGAUUCCCUGCUAGCAGUGACGUUAAUGGAAAAAGUCAACAAUGAUAUUGGUCAUUUAAACCAGUAAAUAGUGUCAUUUCUUGCUGCCCUAAUGGAACGUUGUUCUAUUGUAAUUCUUUCUACUGCUUUUACCAUUUGUGGCCAGACUGAAAGCAGCUGGUGAGUUUUGGUUUGAUGACAAGGUCACGUUUUCCAUUUAUUAGCAAUGAUUCACACCCCGCCAAGUCUCUACGGAGCUGCCAGAUUAAUAAACACUUAAGAGGUUUCUGGACAACGACCAAACAUGACUAAUGCGGAGUCAAGGAAGCUUCUUUUCAUCGCUGACUGGUUAACAUUAACAUAAAAAACGGUGGCGAUACGGGCACACGAUUAAAUAUUUUUGUGCAGAUUAUUGAAAUAAUAGUUUCUCCUGUCAUGAAAAAAAUCCACUAAAAUAGUUGUUUCUGUUUUUAAUUUAUGAAUUCUAAUAUUUCUCACCACUUCACACCAAAUGAUGGACACAUGAACCUUGUGGGAACCCACUGGAUCAAUGUUCCUAUACUGAACACACACACCCAAAACUCUGUUACUGUAAAUAUGUUGAUAUUUCCGAUAGUACUGAAAGUAUUGCAAUGGACAAUAAUUAUUGAAGGAAAGAUAAGCCCAACAUACUUCAUAAAGAAAAAGUUUCUGCUUGGAAAUGUUAGAAAAACAUUGGGUAAAUUUUUUAGAGGUGGGGAAGUUUAUCAGAUGUAGAUUAUUAGCCAAAUGUUCCAGUCACUGAAGUGUCUUAUUAAACAUAAAUACUUAAGGCGAAGCCUGUGUUUAACAUUUGUUUGGCUUUUCCUUUUUCUGUAUUUUUUCGGGAAAACAACCAAGACAAGUGGGGUUUACUUUAUUCUGCUGGUCCUGAAGUGGCUGUAAUAUGCGCAUUAUAUUACACUAUAUAUCAUUUAUAUUUUAUUGCAACUGUUUUUGUGUUUUUUCAGGUUUUAUUAAAAGAAAAGUCAUUUGAGAUGACAAUCAGUCUGAUUACAUUUUGACUGCUCUUAUAACCAACAUGCAUUCACUUCACUGAGUUUUUCUAGUGAAUAUUGAAUCCCAAGCAGUGAAUGAGAUGCCCCCCAACUACUUCUGCAUUUAAAACAUGGUGGGUUUAUGUUUGUCAUGCUUUGUUGACAGAGCCACGCCAAAUUUAAAAUACAGUAAUGUUUUCUUAAAAUUCAUUGGUGCAGUGUUAACACUGACAGGAGAGUUUGUGUACAACUGUGGUUUUUGAUGUUGGUUUGGAUGGUACAACAUAAGUGUUUACAAAGGUUGUGUUCAGUUUAAUUUCUAUUAGUCACAAAAUCAAAUCAGCUGGAAUGAGGGGCUGCUCGAGCCUGACUGGAAUAAAAAUGUCAUUUUUUUCUUUUAUGGUACAGUGGGUGACAUAUAUUUGAAUAGGAAAAAUGUAAUAAAUAAAGUGCUCUUUAUUGCUCUUCAGCCUCAGAGCGUCAUUUUAAGUUUAUCAUGUUGUGAAGUAUUAUGGCAAAAUAUAAAAUGUAAACAUAUCUGUCAUUCUGUUCAAAAAGCCAUCAAAUUGAUCCACAUCUAAUACAAAUAUUAUAACAAUCUUAAUGUCACCGGCCAGAAACAGGUGUUAGGCAUGUACAGAUUUCAGUAGCAACAUGAAAAGCCCCAAACACUUCACUUGAGUCGGUUAAAUGCUGCUGGGUGCAGAAAAAAUGAAAAAGCACCCGCAGAAAUGCAUUAACAAUGUUCAGCAUGAAACUCAACAAAUGGAAACCUUUUUGUUCAUUUCAUCCAGAUUUAACUUUACGUUGUAUCAGACUACUACCUGACUGGCUGUAUUUGCUCAUCGCUUGUCCUCUCUUGUAGAAGAAAUUGAUCGUGUAUCAUAAUGUGUAUCAUAAUGUGUAUCAUAGUGAUUUUGUUUGGAAGUGCACAAGAUUUGUCUUUCUUUGCACCAGAAUUCAGCUGCUUUGCUUUUCCUCUGCUGUGACACUGAGAGCGCUGUGACUGCACGCUGAUUUCUGAUAUUGUGCCAUGUGAAACCAACAACCUCAUUUUGAAGUACUGUAUUACAGCUAGUGUUAGAGGGGAGCAUGGCAGGGAGGAAACCGAAAGAUGAGUUACCUUCUUCUGAAACUGAUAUGGAAACCUAGCAAUGUGCUGAUUCUUCGCCUGUUGCCUGAAGGCGUUAGAAACACUUUUAUGACAUUCAGGGUUUUAUUGACUUGCAGCAACACUGCUGGAGCUGCUUUGCGCUGCCAAUUUCUAUUUCUCUUGCUUUUUAGAAUUAGUAGGAAGUCAACCAAAGUCCUUGAUUUACAAUUAUGAGAUAAACACAAUUGUAAGUAGUUGGAUUUUUCUCACGGGUGUUUUAUACUUUUCUUUUAAACCUAUGAUCCUGUUUUAAUCUGUGCUUACGGAUAAAGGUAUAUACUUGAAGUGUCACAAGGAAAACUGCCCUUUUCCAUUAUUCAUUCAACCAAAACAAUAGUAAAACUUUUUGUGGAACAGAAGAGAUAGAAAAAUGUUCACCUUACUAUCUGACAUGCAGGAAAAAUAAAAAUAUGAAUAUAUUUUAAUCGGUAUGAAUUAAAUGUUGAGACACAUGAAGCUUAGGGGACGCUGCUGUUUGUUCUUUUGCUGCAAAUGCUGUACAGGAAUGCAUCUGCUGAAACAUAUUUGUGCCAUAGCCAUAAAAAAAGAAAAAAAAAAAAAGAUAAUGACUCCAGAUGACCCAGUACAACUGUAGCAACAUACUUCUCUUUUUUAAACUGUGUAUAUUCUUCUUGUACACUGAAAUAUUGUAAUUUUGCAAAUUGAAUCGCUUUAAAAUGAUUUGAAUUGCUGUAAAUAAGCCCUGGACACCUUUUUGCAUUAAACUGAAUGAAUGAUUCCUUGUUUGGUGUGAGU